AAAUGAAAUAAAAAAAAACAAUUUAGUGAUGACACAUGUCAUUCGCGUACAGCUCGAAGCAGAAACAAAAAUAAUUUAAAGACAAAAGAUGCUGCAAUCAAUGCUAAUUCGUUAUUUACUAUUUAUUUUGCUAUUCUUUCAAUUAAUAUUAUUCAACCAAAGUGCACAUUUAAGUGGAACCUUUCGAACGAAUGACUUUUUCAAAUUCAUCGUCAAAUUCGGAUUUCAAAAAACCGAAAGACAUCCGCAAAAAGAUUCAUUUGGCUACAUUUUCGGUAAUAUUACGGCGAGAGACAGUUUUCCCGUGCCAGUUACAUUUGCUGUAUUGGACAAAUACAGCUUCUUGGAGUAUUACGGCAAUCGAACGAUUUUAAACAAAGAUGUGGCAUGUCGAAGAAUGUUCGAACGAUUGGACAAUUUUGCGUACGAUAAAACGUGUAACCAGCAAGCGAAAGUGGAUUUCCUGAGAAAAGUGCCGUGUGAUAAAGGGAAACUGUGCAGUGAUGAGGAUACGCCGGAAAAUGUUGUGCCAGAUAGUCAAUUCACCUACGUCAUUAGUGAUCUAAUGCAACCACGAUUCUGGUACGUAUCAAUUGUAGCCUGCUAUCGUGACUCGUCGUGUACAUGGCACCAUUUCGAUCCGAAAAAAUUUCCCAACGCCUCGAAACACGCCUAUGACAUCGACUAUGACAUCCAGCUGGUGAAUGGAAAUCCGUAUCAGUCACCGUCUAGCCGAUUCACCUAUCACUUUUCGUUCGAACAGCAGAACAUAUUGGAAAUGAAUUUGAUUUUCUUUGCGGUCUAUCUGUUUCUGGUGCCGAUGCAAGUGUAUGCAGUGCGCAUACAGAAGCAUCCAGUGACGAAAUUGUUUACGCUCAGUUUGAUUUUGGAAUUCAUUAGCCUGUGCUUCAUACUCAGCUAUUCGAUACGGUUUGCUGUGAGUGGGGUCGGAAAUGAGGCGUCACGAACGAUCGGUGACAUUUUUGAUAUUUUGAGUCGAACAUCGUUCAUGUUGAUAUUGCUGCUACUCGCCAAAGGAUGGGCAGUGACGAGACAACAGAUUAGCAAAACGAGUUGGUUCAUUUUGAUGGCAAUUUGGAUUCCAUAUGUGGCUUUUCACAUGGUUCUCUAUGUGUGGAAUCGGACUGAGGUCGAUAUCAUAUCAGACAUUGAUGAAUAUCAAACAUGGCCGGGAUGGUUAGUCCUAGCGUGCAGAUCCUGUAUCAUGCUGUGGUUUCUAUGGGAACUGCGGAACACUAUGAAGUAUGAACACUCUUCGAAGAAGCUCGACUUUCUACUGCAUUUCGGUGCAUCGAGUUUAGUUUGGUUUAUUUACUUGCCCAUCGUAGCCAUUGUUGCACUUCAAGUUAGUCCAAUGUGGCGAUACAAACUACUAUUAGGAAUAACAAAUUCAGCUGAUUUAUUAGGAUACUGUGUAAUGACCGGAUUACUUUGGCCUAACCGAGCAGGUCAAUAUUUACUGCUCGCCGGUACCAAUUACGCCGGCAUGGAUGAAUUGGACGAAUUCAAUGAAGCACCGCAUAUCGUCCACGGUGAUGUACUGCUGUCGCCGUCAUUAAGCACUGAGAACCUAAGUCAAGAUCUGCCACUCGACAUUAACGGUCGCAUCACCGCCGAUCUUUUAGACGAUGAUGAUGAAGACAUUGUUUUGAGUACGGACGAUCUUCUAACUCCCGGUAACCAUCACUUCAAUGCCCAUCAUGGCAAUCGUGACGGUUUACUACUGAUCAAUGGAGAGGCUGUAGAUUUAAGUAAAAACAAUGGUCACAAUAUGAUGGCCUGAAUGGGGAUCGCUGCGUAAAAAGAGACAAGUUAAUUCAAUCGAAACAUUGAACGAUGAACUCAAACAGAACUUAACGAAACAGUAAUCGUCGCGGUAAGAGUUUACUUAUUGUAAUGGUUGUGAUAAAAUCCAAACGCAUUUUUGCUUCGACUUUGUUUUCAUUUUUCCAAUCUACAGCAACAA